GCUGUUCGGACGUGCUCUUGGGAGACGCGCCGACCCUCUCGCUGCUCCUGCGGGAUGACGUCUGGGCGAGGUCCGGCGAAGUGGAGGACCUUGCUGGUGGUCAACAAGGAUACCUGAAAUGCGCACCUACUUGUACGAGAGAAGAGCUCGAUAUAACGAUGGAUUUUUGGACAGUCUUUCGUAUGUUCUUCCUGGUUUCCAAGAUGGCGCAGGGGGUCACCUCCUAUCUGGUUGCAGUGAAGAGGUUCCAGAGGUUGCAAUACCCGGAGCACUACGAGCACCUGCGGGGGCGACACUCCCGGCAGGGCAGGCUCAACAUCGUGGCGACCUUUCUGCUGUACUUCGCUAACUUCUUCUUCAUUGGGUCACGUGUCAUGGGCUACAGCAUGGUCAGCUACACCUGGGGUCCCUGGGUAUACCUCAUUCUUGGCGGGCACUGGCUCAUCAACUCUGCUUGGCACCUCAUUACUAUUCUUAAUACCCAUGGCAUCACGGCGGCUAGGUCAGUGUCUUCUCUGGUGAUGGGCGGAGUGUGGCUCUUCGUCAUCACCAACGAGCAGGGAGGACGACAGCUGGGCCGCUUCAUUCCUGUAUUGAUCUCUUGGCCUUUUUUCGAAACGGCCGUUUGCAGUUUCCUUUGGAAUGUUGCUAUGGCGGGCUCUGGGGACUUCUUCGCGUUUAAGGGAUUUACUACUCUCAAUGUAGUCAAUCCAAGGCAGCCCCACGCCAUUUCACAGUCGUCAAAACUGCUCAAGAGUACGUGUCCCUUGCCUACGAAGGAUAAGUCGCACGAUCUUGUACAGAGGAACUCUUAA